CCUACCAAUGGUAGAACGUACUGGGUUAACCAUACUACCAAAACAACCUCCUGGAUCCACCCAACGAAGAAGAUAUAUACGGAAGGACUCCCGUGGCCAUGGGAGAGGCGCUUUGAUGACAAGGGCCGUGCUUAUUACCUCGACCACGAGGCUGAGACAACCUCCUGGCUCAAUCCA